CCCUCAGGCCGCGCGGUGCCCGGCCGCUCUAUCGCCACACACCGCCACCUGCUCGGAGCCCGGAGACGGGGACACCGGCCCGGACAUGGCUUCMCGGCGGGUGCCGCGGUCCCGGAGCCGCAGCCGGAGCUCCCUCAGACACAAGGCAAAGAACUCUGAACUUAUGUAUUCAACAAUUGCAGAAGAGACUGAGUCCAAGCCUAAGCCUGCUCCAUAUGUUCUGCAAGGAGAGGACAUCCAGGCACUUGCAAUUAAGGUGGAGGACCUGAAGAAACUUCAUGCUCCACGCCUUCCCGACGAUGCUGGGAGAUCUCCAGUUAGGAGGCAGUACCUGGUCCGAAAAUACCUACCCAAGGAGGUGACACAUCUUGUAGCACAUCCUCUUCACCUCGGGGCACCCAGGGGACCACUCACYUUUCCUGGACAAAAACAGUUUGAGGAUGGCUCUGAAGAGAUCCUCCCUCAUCACAUUCUGGGAAGUUUGGAGGAGUUCAGGAUGGAAGCCUUGGCCAGAAAAAACACUCAGCUAGCAGAUGCUAUUAAGAUUCCUUGUCCAGAUGCUAUUAUAGCAGCUUUAAAAGAGGAGUAUGAAAAAGAGMGGAGGAAAGAAAAGACACAUCAGGCCCAAUUACCAGAGCACAGAGCUUUCCGAAACUGGAGCCACAAUAUGGCCAUGAGGAAAAARCAGGAGAAACACCUAGGAGAAAUUCUUGACAAGCCAGAGAACGAAUUGCUGAUGAACAUGUCRGACAAUUACAGGCAAAUUCAGGAAGAACGUGACCUCAUUGACCGGACUCUCCCUGCUCUAUUUCCUGGAAAGGGAUACCACGUGGGAAGCGAGUUCUGGAACCUUCCUGACAAAAUYGGGGAUGACCUCACCGGGCUGACUCUGACCCUGACCCGGACAGAAUGUGGGUACCCAGAGCCAGUCACCCACGUGGGGAAACCUCACACUAUCCAGAGGGAAACAGGUACAAAGCCUCCAAAGAGGAUUCCUUGCCAUUUUAACUGGGAUAAGAGUCUUUUUCUGCAACAUCGACGGCAGGAACUAAAAKCUAUCCUAGAUGAGCUGGGGUUUCAUAAGCCGGAGUUGGAUGAACUGGAGGUGAUUGGGAAAGGACAUUCUUUCACAUCUGUCUCAGCCAGGGCCAUUCGACCUUCUGCCAUCUCUGAUGACAUGGAGUCCCUCAGCGAGGCCUGCAGUGAGGCCUCCUUCACUAAGGUUCCAGAAGUUGAUCAGGUUCCAUCUUUAGUUUUCUGUGGCCUUCCUGCUCGUUGGAUCAAGGGCGUCGCUGCUCGCAGGAAUGAAAUUGGCAUUGCUGCUCGGGUCACCUUCGAGAGUCUGGUUAGUAAGAAGGUUGAGAGUUUCCUAAAAGUGACCAAUGAUGGCACAGCUGCCAUCUGGUUUGACUGGAUGAGGCUUCCCCAGCAGAUCCCCUCCAGAGUAACCAAGGGCAAGAAGAUGCCCUGUUUUUACUUUGAUACCAGACCAGGUGUAAUUGUACCUGGAGARUGUCGGAAGUUUAUCUUUAUUUUCAAGUCAGAGAGAGCAGGUGUUUUCAGCGAGCCCUGGGAAUUUAGGACACAUCCUCAGUUAUUAGGAGGAGCUUUGCUUAAGGUGACCCUUUGGGGAGUUGCUGUGUAUGAGGAUAAAUUGGCUGGCUUCAGAGAGAAACUGGAGAAUGAGCUGGCUGCUCGAGAACGUGCUGCUGUAGUGAGAGAGAGCCUGAAUGAACUUCUUGACCAAAUUCGGACCCCCGAGCGCACCCCRUCUCCUGUGGAUGCCUAUGUCACAGAGGAAGAGCUGUUCCACAGGAAAAAUCCYGAGUUGCAUUAUCAGCAUCAAGUGGUACAGCAGCUGCAUGAACUAUGGAGACGGCACAUGCCUGUGUUUUCAGAAUUGGAGGAGGAGCUGCCCUUGGACCAGAGGAGCACUGCGGAGUACACAGAGUACCAGGAGAGCACCUUGGAGCCUCCCUACACCCCGAGCAGCGCCACAGAGCUCCCAGGUGGAAAGUACACACUAGAGGAGGCUCCAAGGGAAAGGAGCAUUGAGGAGGAAGAAGCAGGUCCUUCAGGAUGGAACCUUUCCCUCAAAGACUUUAAACAGGCUAUAAUGUCAAUCCCCGGGGAGAGGGAGCAGGAAGAAGCACUGACCCAGCUCAAUAAGGCAGCUCUGCAGCUGUGUGUUAAACAGAGGCCACCUCAGUCAGAGCUUCUGCAUCCACUCUGCCUCCAGCUGUGGCGUAGAGUAAUUGAUGACCUGGUGAGUCACUCUGUGAGGCUGAAAUCCGUGUUUGGUUUGAUUGAGAAGGACACCCAUGUACAAGAAGUUCCAGAGGAAACAGAGGAAGUAAAGCAUGGAGAAGCAAAAAAAGGAGGAAAGGAAGCCAGUAAGAAAGAAGAGAAAAAGGACAAAGAAGGCAAAAAAAGUAGAGGGGCAGCAGGGAAAGAGAAAGUGGAUCAUUCAAGCAGCAAAAAGCCAAAAGCAAAAGAUGAGAAGCAUCCAUCUUCCAUUUCAGUGCAUGACGUGAGAGGGAAAGGAGAGUUGGUCAGAGAAAAAGAUGAGAAGCACCAUGUGGAGUCUCGACAUGGAGCUGCACAUAGGGCACGACCUGCUCAAGUGCAGGUGGACCCUCUUUCACUUGAAUCAUACCGGGAAAAGCUCUACCUUGAAGUGAGUCAGACCAAAGCUUGUAUCUUGGUUUUGUUGUUUGCUUGUAAGGCACACUGAGUCGGGGGUGAGGUAAGCAUUUUGUUCAGCUCAGAAAACUGGCAGACAUAUGUCCCUCGUGCUGCAGCAAGGUAAGUGUGAAAUCCAAAUUAAUUUGUUUCAGCCUGGAAUCUGUUAGCAGAAAUCCAGCCAUYGCAUAGCCACAUGCGGGACUUCUAUCUGGGAUGUCUUUAGCAUUGCUUGCAGGCUCUGGAGGGAUCAGCUGAAUUAAUUGUACCUCAGAUAAUGUUAAACACACUUCAUAGCCAGGGAAGUUAUUACUAGA